ACAUAUUACAGGGCUGGUAAUGAUUUAAGGGUGUAGUACCACGCCUGUGCUGCAGGUGUCAGUGCAGCUAAGUGAAAUGUAAACACAGAGCAGCACCUACGUGACAGAAGCUAAUGGUGGAAACCUGGAUGUUUAUUUUAAAGAGGAAACGGGAAUCGUUAAAUAUUUCUCUGCUGUCAUAUUUUAAUAAAAUCAAGUGCUGUUUACUGUAAAAUUUUGGAUAUACAGGAGUAUUAACAACGUGUUUUACUUUUGAAACCAAGCUAACCGGCUAGCUAGCUGAUCUUCAGUUGAACGUAAGAGACAUGAACUCUCUGGUCGGCUAUGGAGUGUCUUCAGAGUCUGACAGCGAUGGAGAUGUAGAGGAUGUAAACAACGAUGGGCCUGAUUCUGUUAAGGAGAUGGGUGAUGAGGCUUCAGCUGUCAAAAAGACCCGCAACUUGUUACUUGAGCCUAGUUCAGGUUCCAGCGAGUUAGACAGUGAAUCAGACCUAGAGGAAGAGGACCCAGAGCCCUCUUCAUCACCUCCACAUCCCCAAAAGCCAGCAGCCUGCCAGCCCACCCUGCCUGCUCCUUCCCUGGGAUCCCUCACUUCCAGUAAACUACCUCCUCCUCCUCUAAAUACCUGUUCCGACAGCAGUGUGUUUGCCAACCCUUUCAAGGCUCAGGCAGACCAGAAGCUCAGCGCCUUGCAGAAACACGUCCCCCUCACAAUGCAGGCCAAACCCUCCCAGAUUGGAGGUAAAAGGAUGUGUGUGUCGUACAGGAAAGAUGGAAGGUGCAGGUUUGGGAUCAAAUGCAAAUUUGCUCAUGACAGUGACCUUCAGACCCCAGUCACUCCCACUGACUGUCAUGCACUUUCAAGUGAAGAAACACCACUAUUGGAUCAAGAGGAGUCCCAGAACCAACAGCAGGAGGCAAAAGAGGAAGAGUCAGGAGGACAACAAGUGAAGAAGAGGAGGGUUGGACUGAGUAACACCUUAAUUCCUCCUAAACGAGCUAUGAAGCACUAUGCCAUGCAUAGGGACAGAGAGCGGAUCAAUAUGUCCUGAUAGACGUUUUAUGAGCUAUUACACUCUGCUGUUAUGCAGUAGUGGUGGGAUAAAAUAAGUUCUCUGUGUGUGUAAUUUGUAGAAAUUGUGUACUGUUCAUUUUAGGACCAGUUAAUGGCUCCAGCGUACAGUUAGAUUACAUCUGGCAGAUGGUUUUGUCUAAAGCGACUUUCGUUUUUAUUCCCCAUAAACACAGUGAGAGCAAAUUAUGAUUUUUGCUCAAGGACAUUUUGACAUGUGGACUUAAGGAGCUGGGAACUGAACUGCCAUCUACCAACUAAACUAUACCUGCCCUCCCCAAAAAUGUUAUGCUGUCAAACUGUCAGUGAAAACACUUUGGAUAAAUGUUAAGACAUUUAUUUACAUCAUAUAAAUGAACAGUUUUUGUUUUCUCUACCACACAUCCUAAAUCACAAAUCAGAGAGGUGCAGAGUUAGUAUCGACAUAUGUUCCAAGGUUUCUACACAACUUUGCUUAUUAAAAUUACUUCAAACUUCAAAAGGUUAUUGACAAAAUUUGAGCUGGACUAAUUCAGUGACUGUGCUGUAUCAUUACUGUAUAGGCUCGUGUGAAUUAAAAUGUCACCUUCUUGCUGCCUAUAAUAACCAAGGACUUUUGUGAGAAGUACAUACAUCAUAUGGGUUAUCAUCCUAACAGCCAAGCUUAACAAACAUUUGACAAAGAUGUCACUGGAACAGGUCCAAUGACACUGUCAAAAUAUGCACAUUUUGUGAUUUUUUUUUACAGACCUGUUAAACAUCUUUUUUGCCUGUGUUUUUCCAGGUUUUGUAAUGUUUCUCUUUGUGAGUUUAGAUAGUUUUCUGUUAUAUCUUUUAAUUUUGCCAGAUAAAGGCUUUACAGUAGAUCUGGACAAUAAAUGAAAAAAAUAGCUGCCUAUUCAUUAAACAGACUUAACUCACUCA